AUUCACCUCGCCAAACUUUCCCCUCUUCCUCCGCUCUUCGCCCCCACCCCUCCACACCACCUUGCCGCAAAUGCCCCAGUAGGCUCCAAACAAAGUUCGGCACCCGAACCUCUAGCAAGCUCUGCUCUCCUAUUUCCCCCACUUCUAGCAAGCUCGGCUGCCGGCCAAACUUUCCCCUCUUCCUCCGCUCUUCGCCCCACCCCUCCACACCAACCUUGCCGCAAAUGCCCCAGUAGGCUCCAAAAAUCCAAAACCAUCCGUCCUCUCACCCACCCAUCCAGCCCAGGGCGGUGGCCAUGACGACCCGAUCCAACGGCGACAACCACGGCAACGGCCACCACAACGCGGGGUCCUGGUACCCACAGCGCCGCCCGCACUACGGGUACGGUGGCGGGUCCGCCUCCUUCCGCGGCUGCUGCUGCUGCCUCUUCCUGCUGCUCACUUUCCUGGCGCUCCUCGCCCUGGCGGUCGCCCUCGUCGUCGUGCUUGUGGUGAAGCCCCGCAAGCCCCAGUUCGACCUCAACCAGGUGUCCGUGCAGUACCUCCUCGUCGCCCCGCCGACGUCCCCCUCGGCCUCCCCGGCAGGCGUGCCCCCCGCGGCCCCCGGCGCCGCCUACCUGUCGCUCAACAUCACGCUGCUCUUCACCGCCGUGAACCCCAACAAGGUGGGCAUCCGGUACGGCGCGACGGCGUUCGACGUCAUGUACCACGGGGUGCCGCUCGGGGUGGCGGCAGUGCCCGGGUUCGAGCAGCCGGAGCACAGCACCCGGCUGCUCCAGACCCGCGUCAUCGUCGACCGCUUCAACGUGCUCCAGGCCGACGCCCAGGACCUCGUGCGCGACGCUGCGAUCUACGACCGCGUCGACCUCCGCAUCACCGGCGACGUCGGCGCCAAGAUCCUCGUGCUCGGCUUCUCCUCCCCCAAGGUCCAGGUGUCGGUGGAUUGCGCGAUCGCCAUCAGUCCGAGGAGCCAGUCGCUCAAAUACAAGCAGUGCGGCGUCGACGGGCUCAGCGUGUAGGUAAGUUACCAAGCCGCCGCCGCCGCCGCAGCAGCAGCAGCGGCAGCGGCGGCGGAAGCUGUAGCUGUAGCUGUAAUCCAAUGGAGGUAGAUGAAGUGGAUGGGAUCUGUUCGUCGAUUCUAAUCUCGGGUCUUGAUUUCCUUCCUGUACGUGGGGGGGGGGGGUAAAUUUUGAGCCCUCACCUUACAGGAGGCCGCUGGUUUUUGUGAAUUACCACUGGUUGCAAUUAGUGGCAUACUAUUACCACGGUUGUCUGUAUUCAUCAAUCACCAUUGCUUAGGAGCUAAGGGAAGUGGAUCGAAAAAGCUGGGAGCGAGCUGAACGAGCGAGAGGAAGCUGAUCGCUUUUCUCUGCUCCCCUCCCUUGUCCGUGCCCUUGAUUGUUUCGUGUUUCCAUGGGUUUGGGAGUUGGUGGGAGUGCGCUGCCCGACGCACACAGCCAUGCCCUUGUCUGUUUAAUCUGGCUCACUUCAGCCAGCAGUGGAGUCGGGGCAUAGGAUGGGGAAGCAAAUUUUUUAAGUUUAUGUACGUGCCAUUCACUCUUGAUCUAAAGGAGUUAGGCCGUGGCCACUGGCCCGUGUGCGUGGGUGUUGGUUUCUCACUUCCAUGGUGGUGGUGGGGUCAAACCGUCGAAGUUUUACACUUGCGUCGAUGAUGGGGGCGAAACGGAAUUUGGCAUUGUAAACGAGGACCCGGCGUGGAAGAACCUUUGGAUUUCCAAUGUAACGUGCGGCGUGACCCGUGUCGUCUACACAUCUUCUGUGCACGUUGGAUAGUUGGUGUAUAGAAGUGAGCUACUGACUGCAAAUCUCGGUUCGCACAUGGCAAUCUUUUUUUUUUGUUGAGUUUACAGGAUACUUUCUGUCAUCAGUGUCUUGGUUGAUUCCCAUGCUAUGCCGCAUAGUUGUACAAAAUUUAUUCUGGACUUGAAUUCAUUUUUUCCUUUUAA